GUUGAAAUUCCCACUUGAGUGCUAUUUUUUCAAUUUGUUGCUCCCCUUCCAACGUCAACCAAGGAGUUUGUAGCCUGUGCCGGAUUGAAAUGAAGUCUAGUCCGACGUCAAAAACGCAUUACCAGAGCCAAAGAGUCUGGGAAGCUUUUCACACUUGCCGCAGCGUGCAGCUGUGUGCUCGCCCGCCUUGCGAAAGAUGCUGGUUUCCAUUUUUUGGGGGUGGCCCCAGAAGAGGAUCGCCAGUUGUGUCCAGCCAUAGGAUGUUUUACUUCCCCUACCACUCCGGCUUUGCGGUCGUGCAGGAGGGUGCGCCGGGGCUCUACACGCAGCUCACGCGCUCGGAGAAGAUCGCUGAGAAGUUCGGCUCGCGGAUGGCGAUGUUGAACAUCCUGGAGUAUCAAGCUGGGCGCGACCGACAGGGCGAGAAGAUGGUUGAGGGCUUCUUCUGCGACCUGCUGGUGGUGAGCGUCGAAAGCUGGCGCCACCUGCCGCAGGGCAUCCACACGCUGACGCCGCUGGUCCGCGCGGGGAUGACCGGCUUCCAGGGCGAGCGAGGCCGCGGCUUCGGCUUCUCCACGAUGAAGGACGUGUUCUUCGUGCUGCUCCAUGAGCCUUGCGAGAGAAAAGUCGGCGGCCAGCUGGACAAAGACGACGAGGAUGGGCAGGCGCUUAUCCAUGCCUGCCGCUUCAUGGAGGAUCUUCAGGAGUUUUUGUCCGACCUGCAUGCAGGAGUGGACGCCAACGGGAUCCCUGACGAGCGGUAUUUUGUGAUGCCCGACAACUCCAUGGUGCCAUGGGAGCAGGUCUCGCAGCCGCACGUGGAGAGAGGCGGUUCCGCCACCUUGGCACGACUGCCCCGCGCGGCCUUCUGAUGAAAGAGGACGCUGGAGCCACCGAAGCGACCAGGUCCGGAGAUUGAGUCGCAGCAGUUCAGCUUCGAGUCGCUCCCUGACGAUCGCUUCAGUCAGCGAAGCCGGGGAAGCCUACGAAUCGCCAGCGCAACCGAGAUGAACAGAGGAGAAGCUGGAUGCAGCCAAGUGGACUUUGGCAGAUGUAUCAACUGUUUGGUUUCCGAGUUCCUGGCCUUUAGUCGCUUCUUGGGCUUGGACCACGUCAGUGGCCAACCAAAAGUUGCGACUUCUGGCCGAUCCACUACGGAAGUGAGAGGCCAAGCGCUGGUCAACCGCUGGUAGGACCGCGAUCGAUG